GCACCCCUAACCCACACAAUUAUUUGUCUCGGCCAUUCACAGUGAUAGGACUAUCAGAGCUGCUGUCACAGGAGGACAGUCCUGAGCGUGUAUUCAGCCUUAACCUGUGCCAAUGUUGUUAGGAUUUGGCACAGCACUUUAUGCAGUAGCAUAGGGCACUGGGCCAUAGUGAUUUUAAGGACGUGAAAAUGACACAGAAGGCUAAACAGGUGAAGGAUAGGGGACACUGGGAGAACAAAGCCGAGUUCAUCCUCACUGUGAUGGGCGCAAUCAUUGGACCUGGAAAUAUAUGGAGGUUCCCUUACCUGUGUUACAGAAACGGCGGAGGUGUGUUUUUCAUCCCAUACACCUUGUUCAUAUUUACAUGCGGAAUCCCCUUGUUCUUCCUUGAGACUGCCUUGGGACAGUACACCAGCCAGGGGAGCAUUACGUGCUGGAGAAAGAUAUGCCCUCUUUUUCAAGGCAUGGGCUAUGCCAGCCACUUGAUCAUCGCAUUCAGUGCAACGUCCUACAUUGUCAUCCUGGCAUGGGCGUUCUUUUACUUCUUCAUAUCCUUCAGUGCGGAUUUACCCUGGGCAUCGUGUGGGAAUUAUUGGAACACAGACUCAUGCUUGGACCUCAACCAACACAAUCUGAGCAUGACACCCAGAAUGAACACUACUCUUCCAGUUGUGGAGUUCUGGCAGCGGAGGGUUUUAAAUAUCUCAGGUGGCAUUGAGGAGGUGGGCAGCUUGAGGUGGGAGCUGGCCCUGUGUCUCAUCCUGAGCUGGGUCAUCUGCUACUUUUGCGUUUGGAAGGGCAUCAAGUCAACAGGAAAGGCAGCUUACUUCACAGCCACCUUCCCCUAUGCUAUGCUGUUUGUAUUGCUAAUACGUGGUGUUACCCUACCCGGGGCGAUGGAUGGAAUCAUUUACUACCUGUACCCUGAUAUCUCUCGCCUCUCCGAUGCCCAGGUGUGGAUGGAUGCCGGCACCCAGAUCUUCUUCUCUUACGCAAUCGGCCUCGGUUUCCUCACCUCUCUUGGGAGUUACAACAAUUACAACAACAACUGUUACAGGGACUGUUUCUACUUGUGUCUGCUGAACAGUGCUACCAGCGUCGUAGCAGGCUUCGCCAUUUUCUCCGUUUUGGGUUUCAUGACGUAUGAACAAGGAGUGGAUAUCUCUGAAGUGGCAGAAUCAGGUCCGGGGUUGGCAUUCAUUGUCUACCCACGUGCUGUAGCUCUGAUGCCCAUGCCUCAGGUGUGGUCGGUGUGUUUCUUCCUCAUGAUCAUCCUGCUUGGACUGGACAGUCAGUUUGUCGGCCUGGAGUGUCUGAUGACGUCAGUGGUCGAUCUGUUCCCCGUGUAUCUGCGAAAGGGAUUUAGACGUGAGCUGGUCCUGCUGGCUAUUUGCUCAACCUGCUGUUUGCUGGGAAUGUCCCUGGUCACGGAGGGGGGGAUAUACCUGCUUCAGCUUUUAGACCAUCAUGUGUGCAGUGGCACCACCCUGCUGCUCCUCUCCUUGUGCCAGUCCAUCAGCAUUGGCUGGGUGUACGGUGCUGACCGCUUUUAUGGCAAUAUCACAGACAUGAUUGGUUAUCGUCCGUACCCAUUUAUGAAAUGCUGCUGGCGCUACAUCACUCCCCUCAUCUGUUUUGGGACAUUCAUCUUCUCCAUUGUCAAACAUUCCCCACUGAAGUUCAGUAACUCUUACGUUUAUCCGUUCUGGGCAAACGUUCUGGGAUGGUUCAUCGCCACAAUCUCCCUCUCCCUCAUCCCGCUGUUUGUGUUGUUCAAAAUGGCCCAAGGAAAAGGCACUCUCUGGGAGCGUUUCUUGGUCCUCUGUCAGCCUGAAGACAACCUCCCCAUGAAUCAAAACCGCCCUCCCGCUCUGCAAAUCAACGGCACCGCCUCCCACACGGAGCUCAGACCUUUAUCCCACAACGGCGAACCCUCUCAGUGAAUGCACCUGAGAGAUGAACUGCAAAACAGCGUGUGGCCUUCAUGGCACGCAAUCACCUCAUGUUUAUAAUCAUGCACAGGAAUUUAAUACGUUGUGUGCCAGCGGGGCAGCCACUUGAAGAAAAUAUCCCUAGAGUGGCCCGUACUUACACAUUAAUCUGCAUCAGUUGAUGAGGUUUUAUCGAGGGGUUUGGUGUGUUUGUGUGUUAAACUUAAAUCAGUUUGGAUUUCACUUUUUGCUUUCAUUCUGAUAUAUACAGAUAUACACUCACUUGCCAAAAUAUCGACAUGCCCAUAUAUCAAUCCGUCAUAUCCAGCAGCUAAUAUACUGGGUAUAUGUGGAAAGUAGUGUAAGACGUGCACCGGUUUCUAUUGUGUUACCAUUUUGGAUGAUGACACUGGUGCUGCCGCGUCAGUGAAUUUGGAACACAAUAAGAAUUCAUUACUACUGUAAACCACAGCCUCCCAGAUGAAAACAGCUCUGCUAGCUCAUUUACACAAAUGUUGAUUAUCCGAGAGCCAAGACUUCUUUGCCAAGACUGUUAUAUAUUAAUAGGGUGUGCGGUUUAAAGGUUACACACAUCACUUUAGGAAAAUCAUGAAUGAAAAUGGCUCUGUGUUUAUUGUUUUUUUGUGUGUGUGUGCAUGAUACAUUAACAAGUAUUAUAUGAGCAUUUAUUUUAACCUCUUGGCUGUCUGUCUCACCCUGCACAGUGCUGCAGAUUAUCUGUAUCUUUGUAUCACACAUAUGCUACAUAUGCAUUGACUAUAUACUGUAUGCACAGUACCUCUUAAAACUAUGUUGUGCCUUACAGCUACACAGGUCAUUAGCUUGUUUUAUUUCCUGUCCUUGGACUCACCUAUAUAAAGUGGGAACUAGUAUUGUGGGAGGUGGAUUUUUGAUUGAGGAAGCAUGUGUGUUCAUUUUAAUGCUUAAUAAAGGGUAUGUUAUAUUGGA